UACGUCAAAAACAGCUGCUUUGUCAGUGACUGAAUAGGCUACUGCGACUCACUUAUCUCAAACAAAAAAUUAUCUGUAAAUUUUCCUUGAUUAUUAUAGAACCAUAUUGGAUAUUUUCAUUUAAAGUUACUCUCCGUGUGUAUUUUUAUUAAUUUGGAAAAUGUCUUACGCGUAUUUGUUCAAAUAUAUCAUUAUAGGAGAUACAGGUGUUGGAAAAUCAUGUCUCUUGCUCCAGUUUACAGACAAGAGGUUUCAACCUGUGCAUGACCUAACAAUAGGAGUGGAGUUCGGAGCACGCAUGAUCCAAAUUGAUAGCAAAUCGAUAAAGUUGCAAAUCUGGGACACAGCUGGGCAGGAGGCUUUCAGGUCGAUCACUCGCUCCUACUACCGUGGCGCGGCUGGUGCACUGUUGGUCUAUGACAUCACUCGGCGCGACACCUUCAACCACCUCACCACCUGGCUGGAGGAUGCCAGGCAGCAUUCCAACUCCAACAUGGUCAUCAUGCUCAUUGGCAACAAAAGUGAUCUGGAAUCGAGAAGAGAAGUGAAGAAAGAGGAGGGAGAGGCGUUUGCUCGCGAGCACGGACUCAUCUUCAUGGAGACCUCGGCCAAGACAGCUGCCAAUGUCGAAGAGGCUUUCAUCAACACAGCCAAAGAAAUCUACGAGAAGAUCCAGGAGGGAGUUUUCGACAUCAACAAUGAGGCAAACGGCAUAAAGAUCGGCCCCCAGCAUUCGCCGAGCAACGCCAGCUUCCCCCAUGGCAACCAGGGCUCGAUGCAGGGAGGCGGCUGCUGUUAAACACACCGGGAGUAGACGCUCAUCUCAGUAUAACAUCUAUCUCCUGGGCCCAUAUUAUCUAUGAAUAUUUUCACUUUCCUUUUCUAAUGAUUUUUAGUGUACAGAAUAUUCAACUGCAGAUAGAUUUUGUAUACUCGGUUCGAAUAAUUGUAAACUGGAAUCAUUGUGAUCAAAUCGUUACAGAAAAGAAGAUCAUGAAGAAUAUUACUACGAUAUGAGAGACACUGUUUACCGUACUGUACCAAAGGUGUAAUUUAUGAGUACAGUGUCAUGACUUAUUUUGCAUGGAGCAUGAGUACUUGUAACUAAAAAUGUGUGUUGAAAUGAUUUUUUAUUUAUAUUACAAUAAAUGUAUCAGCAUCAUUUCAAGACAACUAUUUUCAAUUUUCCUCUUUCAAUCCACUUGUAGCUUGUCACCUAGAUACUAUGGAUGAAAAUUACUUGAAUUUCAACCAGUUUCAUGUGUAUUUGUGUAAUAUUUUUAACAAAAGAGGCAUUAGGAUAUUUAGACCAAGGGUACGAUGCAGGAUCAUGACGGAUUUUAUUUAAAUUGUUGCUUAAGCAUUCUCACGUUUGUCAAAAUAUUAUAAUCACACUUAUGUAGCGUUUAGUAUAAUUUUAUUAAUAGGUAGUCUUUCUUGUGGCUCAAUUUCAAGCUUCCUUCCUCUCUUUUGGGAUUCGUGGAAUAUCGCAGUUUAUUCACAAUAAUUUUUCGCUAUUGAUGAGAAAAGACUGAAGAAUUCUGAAAGUAUUACUCAAGCUUCGAAUUAAUUAGAAAUGAUCUUAAUAGAUCACUUACUUUUUUCUUCAAAAUAGAUUGGAACCCACCAAGCAUAAAUAUAUGUUAUUGAAUGUGAAUGUUCUUAUAAGCUACCUAUUAAAUAUCUGAAACUAUAUUGAAUAUUGUGGUAUCUAUCUCAUUGUAAAAUAGCUGUGAAUAGUGAACGCUGUUGAUACUUUUAUGGCCAUGAUUUUACCCUGAUUCCUCAUAGGAACUCUGAACCGUAAUAAAUCUAAAACUAACAAUAAUAUUUUCAUGGAGUUUCAUUGACUAUUUCCUGGUGCUUUCCGAUUUUUAAUAUGAUUACAAACACAUUAAAAUAAUAAAAACUCUUCUGAAAUGUAAAUGACCAAAGCCAAUUCGAGGAAAUUAAAUUUGAUUUAUUUCCUUUCCAAGAAUGCUGUGAAAAACAUUAGGUACCUUGUUCAUAUUGGUCUAACCUGAAACAAGUUGAUUGAAUAGCUAUGAGUAAUUAUUCAAGCUAACAAAAACAACAUGAAAAAUAUCCAAACGAAUUAGCGGGUUACGCAACUGUUAACUGUUGCUUAGAACUGGAAAUUCAACAGUUGAGGUAAAGACCUAUACACACCUAGCGUAGCGUAGCUAGAAAUUGGAAGACGUAGCCGAUGUAUCUCCUAAUGUUGAUCCAUCUGUCAAUUUCACACCAGCGUUAAUUAACGUUUGGAGAUUCGACAGCUAAGUCUUCAGAAGACGUAUUUCUAGCUACGCUACGUGUGGAAAGAUCUUUGUGUAUCACAUAAUGUAACUGACAAAUGGGAAUUAUUAUUUUUAUAAUUAUUUUCAAUUUUAUCCUUUUCCAUUAUGAAUAAAUACUAAUGAUUAAAUAAACUAAAAAAAUAAAAGACUGCUUGUUAAAAUAUUUAAAAUAAAUGUUCCAAUAUUAUUGAUAGCCGAUCAUGGUUAUUCCUUGGAAAAUAAUAAACUUACAUAAAUGCUUCAUAUGGAUUAUUUUAUACAUUAUAGUAAUAUGUCUAUAGAAUUCGCAAUGUUAAAUUCUCCUGAAUGGAAUUUCGUCAUGUUUUUUCUACUUUAAACAGACUGUUAUUCGCUACUAAAUCACUCCCCGGUUGUUCGUUCGGAGCUCACCUAAAACUGUAAGUCCAUUCACCCCUCCCAUAAUCUAAACACAAGUCUAGGGCUCAUGUGGGUAUCAUCUUCAGCAAAAACAAUAUUAUUUUCAAUUGUAAAGAAAAGAGUUCCUGCAAGUUGGCUAUUAAAAUAACUUUUUGAAACGGCCAGUAAAAUGCUAUUGUCCUACCCAUAUUUGAUUCAUUAUGAAUAGCUAGGCAAACAAUUAUUAUUAUUACUAAAUACUUACUAUUUAUAACAGCUACCUAUUAUAAAUGCUACGUCCAAAGAGUUGACAACAUUCAACAUUGGGUACGAGGUCUAGGUCUAAAAUCAGCUGUCAGUUGCGGCAUGCAAUUCAUAACUAAAACCAUUUAAACCUAUCUUGGAGACUCCACUCCCCACUCACUUUUCACUGCUUUCAAUUCGGGCUGACCAGCAGUCAAAGAAACCUACUCAGCGACGUUGCCAUUCUCCCUAGGACAAGGCAUUUUAUUAUAGGUGGCUAUGGCCCGGUUGCACAAAAGCUGGUUAAAUUUUAACCGUGAUUAAUUCCACGAUAAACAAUCAGAGGUGUUUUUGAAAAGACGGCUUCCCUGGAAUUAAUCACGGUUAACAUUAAUCGGCUUUUGUGCAACCGGCUCUAUGUCUUCUAUAUAUUUACUGUACUUGUUUAAUAAAAUAUAUUUAAGCUAUUCUUGUUUGCGUACUAUUUUUCAAUCAUUUCAUACCGACAGUAUUCUUUUUUAAAAAUUACAUACAUCACUCGUUUCUUUUUUUUAAUUCAUGGCAUGUAGUCAGCUGAAUUUUUUUAAUAAUUUAAACCCCACAAACUGUCAACCAAUGUUAAAAAUCAUGGAUUAACUAAAAUCUUGGAAGUAGCCGUAUAUACUGUUUCCUAAUUCGAUUUAUUCCAUUCUUGUAAACGUCCCAAAUUUUACUUGUUAUCCAAAACGUCUUUAUAUUUUCAAUAAAAAUAUUUAUAAAAUCUAGUAGAUAUUAUAUUUACUUUAUUUUUUCAUUUUCUCAAGAACUCAAUGAUGAAAAUUGUACCAUACGUUUAUUCAACAAUAUUCUCAUAAUAUAUUAGCUUCUAGCUGAUACAUAAUUAUUUCAUGGGUCUUUACCCAGAGCUUGAGUAAAAUAUUAAUAUUUUCAUACAGAUAGUUAAAUAUUUCUAGAGAAUGAGUCAAUGUGUUUUAUAAGUUAAUUGCCACUGAAAGGAAAUGCAAUUACAGUGAAACUAAUAUUCAAAUCUUUAUAAUUAGUAGAUUCCUCUCAAUUGAUUUGAAUUUUUAUUACAAAAGAAUCUCUUCAUACAAUAGAUAGAACUUCUGCGACAAGUGCAAAUCUUUUCUCGCUGUAUUUUAUCUAUAUUUAACGUUUUCUCGUAAGCUAUAUAGUAAAAUGUAUAACUUUAUCAUAAUUCUGUAAAUUUUGUGUUUGUAUAAUAAAUGUUUCAAUGUGUC